AUGGGCACCGACUCCUCCCCCGCGUCCUUCGAAAAGACGCUCUCCUCACUGUCCUCCAAGAUCACCACCUCCCAAGCCCGCCUCGACCGACUACACACUAGCGCACGCCGUACCAAAGUCCUAUGGACACUCUACCUCAGCUUCGCGUACCUCGUCUACGCCAUCGUCCUGCUCCUCGUAGUAGGCUACAAGAACCUAGGCGCCUACGAAUGGACCGGCAUGGCAGGCGGUCCCAUCCUGAUAUACGUAGCACGAGCCCUAAUCAGCGCCUACUUCAACUUCAGGAUCGACUCGCUGGCCACCCGGCUAAAGGGCUACCAGGACGAACGCGCCAACACGAUCCAGAAGCUCAAGGAUGCGACCAAGUACGACUCCACCAUGGAGCUCAUCGAAAAGUACGGCGGGGAGAAGAAGAAGCGCGACAAAAAGGACACGCAGGAAGACAAGCAAGACCAGGACAAGAAGGCGAAACGAAGCCCUCCCCCAAGCGGCACCGGACGAACGAACCUGCCCCCUCCGCCAACGGCAAACAUUGUCCGCCCUGAUGCCCAGCAGCAGCCGCAGCCGCCUCCGCCGCCGGCCCAGCAGCACGAGGGCGAUGCGGAAUUCGCCCCCAACGCAUACGCCUCGCCCCCUCCCCCCCGCACGCAAUACAUGGACGCCGAAACGCACUGGUACGACCGCAUCUUCGACGUCCUCCUCGGCGAGGACGAGACGGCCGCCAAGAACCGCCUCGCGCUCAUCUGCGAGAGCUGCAGGCUGGUCAACGGGCAGGCGCCGCCGGGCACCAAGAGCCUGGCAGAGGUAGGCAUGUGGCGGUGCAUGGGGUGCGGCAAGACAAACGGGCAGGUGGACGAGGGGAAGCGCAUCGUCGAGGAGGUCCUGCAGGCCCGGGGGCAAGACGGAGCCGAGGCAGAGCCCGAAGCCGCAAACGAUGCGGAGGAGAGUGAGAGUGAGAAUGAGAAUGAGGCCGGAUCAAAGGUCAAGGUGACGGGCAGCCAAGGACCAGCAGGGUCAGUCAAGGCUCGGGGGCGAAACAGGUAA